GCCAUGCGGGACAGGUUCAUGCGUUAUCGCAAUGUUCGUCCAUCAAUCCAUACCUCAUCCUACAUGGUAGAAAGGGAUGACACGUCCGGGAAGAGGGCGUGAUCGCUCCCAUAUUAACUCCGAGCUUGCUCCCGGAUUUUUUCCUACUUAAAUAAUCCCGACAGCACGUAGGGCCAGCCAUCCGUGUGACUUCGAUCCGGUAGCUUACAUUCUCCUCCCCUCCCCUCCCUUCCCUUUCUAAUAAACCCGCCCGCCGAGCUACGUUCACCUCAUCCCGGCAGACGCAGCGCUCACCCUUGACCUUCUUCUGCACUCCAACUCACGUACGCACACCACCUUUGCAAACCCCUCAGCGACACUCCCGGGGGGUCGCAGAGGCACGGCGAUAGACGAGAGCGAGUGUGCGAGAGAGGACUCCCUCUCCGCUCCCGUCUGCUGGCGAGAUGGUCCUCCUGACCGAGCUCCCCCCCGAGAUCCUGCAACAUGUCUUGGGCUUCGUCGACCCGCCCGACUUGGCCUGGAUCCCCCGCAUUUGCAAGAGCUUUUACCACACCGUCGCGGGCAACACCUCGCUGUUCCGGGCCGUCUAUCUGAACAACUUCGACAACCCAACGGACAGGUCUGCCGUGAAUUGGGAGCAGGAUCUUAAGAAUGCCGUCCGCCUCCAAAUCAUAUGCCGCCGGGAGAAUGUCGAAGAUAAGAAGAACGAUCUUCCGUUCGUCUACGACACCGUCACGGCCCUCCUUCGGAAUGCGGCCACCGACACCGACCGGGUCAAGUCGACGACCCAUCCGUCCUCCCUCAAUGCGGACCUCCUAAGUGCCAUCUUCAAGCAAGAGACUAACCAAUCGGCCUUCCUACGUCGGUCUUUCAUCUACGAACGCGCUCGCGGCGAGUGCAGCAUUGACAAUCAGGUCGAGGCAGCGCGGCGAGAGGACCACCAGAAGAGUGCGCAUCUACACUGCCUCUAUGGGGUGCCCGUGUUAUACGCGCAUUCUGAGUCCCACCGGACCCGGCGCAGCAGGAUGAGUCCCUUCGCCUGCUCCAAGGUCUACGACAUCCGGCAGUACACCGAAAACACGAUGUGGGGGCCGUUUAUGGACGAUGAUACGGGUCGCGUGGACUGGGAGAAGGUGGAGGCGAUCAUGGUCGUGAUCGGGUCCAACCUCCGCAAGCUCGGCCUGACCAAGUUCCCGGUAUGCAGGAACUUCUGGGAGAUGCCCUUCGCGGGCACGUGGCCGCACAGCUAUAAGCCCAUCCCCAUCCCGACGUCCCACGAGCCCGGGCCGCUCGACCUGCAGGACCCGUACGGCGUGACGGGGAUGUGGCUACGCGUCGUCUGCUUCCUGGACUAUACCGACUUCUUCGCCUACAACUUCAACUCGGCAGAGAACCCGCCGCCACGGCACAUCCCGCGGCCGGCCAUCGACGUCGGCGAGGCCACGCGGCUGAUCCUGAUGAAGCUCCGGGUGACCAAGAUCGAACCCCCGGGGCCGGAGGACGGGCAGGCGCUGCCGGUGGUGUUCUUCGAGGGAAUUUCGCGGUCCCUCGACAACAGCUUCGACGAGAACGCGAACUCGGACUUGAGAGGCUCGGUGCGACUGACACCCGAAGGCGAGGUCCGCUGGACCACCUUCUCAGUCUUCAGCGGUGUCGAGCGGUGGCGGAGCGAAAACGUGCAGGUUGGCGGCGUCCGGAGCGCUAAGGGUGUCCUGGGGAACUGGUUUGACAAGGAUUACGACCCGCGCGGCCCGGUGGGCCCGACGGCAUUCUGGAAGGUCUCGGACAAAGUGACGGAGUCGACCAGCUACCGCGCGCUGACACAUGACUUCCUGCCGCUCAUCCAGGGCCAUUUCGACGAAGCCCCAGACGAGUACGACCCUGAGCAGUCGGACGACGACGAAGGUGACGACGACGAGCCGGGGCUGGAGCUGGAGAUCACGGGAAUCUCGUGGGUAACAUGGACGGAGGAUUAGCUGCCCGCUAUCUCUCGCAGUUGGUCUUUUGAUCUCGCUCGGGGAAGCGGAUCGGAUCAGGCGAAAACCAUAGGUACCUGCUUUUAUUGAGACUGUUCGACGGGGCUUCUUCGCAACCCUUAUCUCGUCUUCUCGUUCCCAUUUUUAUUUAUGCUGUAUUUAUGGCGGCUUCACGACGAGUUCUAUCUACAAUUAGGGGCCUCGGUAGACGAUAUACAAUUCCGAGAUAUUGUUUCUGUAGACAUGUGUGCUUCUAACGAAUAAAUGUGUGCUGUGGACGGGGUUGAAUAUCGUUAAAUCGAGCAUGUUGGUGCCGCGCGCGGCGGAACGCAUAGGUAGGUACAUUCCAU